UGUUUCAGAUAAUGAUAGGGAUUCAAGGUUUAAGGGGUGUGUUCACUUAUUAAAAAACUGUCACGAUAGGGUGACUGUUUAGUUGGAUUAUUUUUAUUGUGUAUAUUCUGUAUAUUGUGGCAGCACAGUUUCUCCAGGUCAGUUCCUGGUACCUGCAUAUUCUGAUUCGGACAUAGCAUUACACACACCCAGAGUAGUUGUGAGCAUUUUGUCAAUGUUGACCGAUCUGGAGCAUCACAUCUUGUUUACCUUGCUUAAAUAAUGAGAGGCUACAUCUCUUCUCUGACUCUUGUAAUCCGGGGCUGCUGGAUGACAUUAUGUACAUGUUAAAUAGUGUUUAGGGUGAGAACUACGGGAGAGCUCUGAACGGAACUGCUGUCAAUGGCAGGAUUAUGAGUGUGUGUGAGUGUGUGACCGCCUGUCUAACUGUGCCCUUCCUUCUUGGGUGCAGUUCCAACUUAGUAGCACUGAGCCCAGGACAGCAUGUACAGGCAGCAGAACUGAGCUCAAAACAGCAUGUACAGGCAGCAGAACUGAGUCCAGGACAGCAUGUACAGGCAGCAGAACUGAGCCCAAAACAGCAUGUACAGGCACCAGAACUGAGCCCAGGACAGCAUGUACAGUCAGCAGAACUGAGCCCAAAACAGCAUGUACAGGCAUCAGAACUGAGCCCAAAACAGCAUGUACAGGCAGCAGAACUAAGCCCAGGACAGCAUUUACAGGCAGCAGAACUGAGCCGACUCACGUCAUCUCAUCAGAGGAAUUUCAUCUAAUCCCGGUCUAUCACCUUGAAUCACACACGCCUAUAUAUAUAUAUACACACAGAAACACACCCACAUAAACACACCCACACACACACACACAGUUUCAGUAUCGGAGAGACACUCACAUCUGUACUGAAACGCUCAGACACUCGUAGUGACACUUGGAGCCAGCAAUGGCAAAGGGAGAGAGGACACCUGACACCUCGGCGGGGAAGCUCCUCAAGCCCCCAGUGCCGGCGUUUACCAAGCCUCCCCAGCAGACUGAGCUGGAUCAGAAGCUGUCUGUCUGCAGUAAGCUGUGUUUCGCCAUCGGAGGUGUACCCAAUCAGGUGGCUGGUAGUGCCACAGCGUUCUUCCUCCAGAUCUACCUGCUGGAUGUAGCUCAGAUCAACCCGUUCCAGGCCUCCAUGGUUCUGUUCAUAGGGAAGGCGUGGGGAGCCGUGACCGACCCGGUCGUUGGCUUCUUCAUCACCAAGAGCAGGUGGACCAAGAUCGGCAGACUCAUGCCCUGGAUGGUAGGCUGCACACCGUUUGUGGUCGUCUCCUACUUCUACCUGUGGUUUGUUCCUCCCUUCACAAACGGACGAUUCAUCUGGUAUCUGGGCUUCUACUGCCUCUACCAGACACUCAUCACUUGUUUCCACGUUCCUUACUCGGCCCUCACCAUGUUCCUCAGCACCGACCAGAAGGAGAGGGACUCUGCCACAGCUUAUCGUAUGACCCUGGAGGUCCUGGGUACUCUAGUCGGCGCUGCCAUCCAAGGACAGAUCGUGGCUGGCGCCCACACCCUGAAGCACUGCCCGCAACACAACAACAACACAACCGUGUCCACGGGUCACCUAGGAAACGGCAGUGGGGCGGAGAUCGUCAAGAGAAUCGUUCACUCCCAGGACUUCCUGUCAGACGCUAAGGAGUUGUAUAUGAUCGCAGCUGGCGUUAUAGGUGGAGUGUUUCUCAUCUGCACCGUGGUAAUGUUCCUGGGAGUCAAAGAAAGAGAAGAUCCGUACAUUUCGAAAACGGAGAAGCAGAUCCCGUUCCACAAGGGCUUCUUCCUGGUAAUGCGGCACGGCCCAUAUCUCACCCUGACGACAGCCUUUCUCUUCAUCUCUGUUGCUAUUCAGCUGGUGCAGAGCAACUUUGUCCUGUUCUGUACGUAUGCAGUGGACCUGCGAGACCACUUUCAGAACAUCGUGCUAACCAUACUGGUUUCUGCAGUUGUGAGCAUCCCUCUGUGGCAGUGGUUUCUGGAAAGGUUUGGCAAGAAGACAGCAGCCUUCUGUGGCAUCACUUGGAUGAUGCCGUUCACAAUGAUGUUGGUAUUCAUCCCUAACCUGGUUGUUGCCUACGUAGUGGCUGUCUCUUCAGGACUCAGUGUGGCCGCAUCACUACUCCUACCAUGGUCGAUGCUGCCAGACGUGGUGGAUGACUUCCGUCUUGCGAAUCCCCACUGUAAAGGCUACGAGGCUAUCUUCUACUCCUUCUAUGUGUUCUUCACCAAGUUCGCCGCCGGGAUUUCCCUGGGAGUGUCCACUCUGUGCCUCGAGUUUGCGGGUUAUGACACAGGGGCCUGCAGGCAGCCAGCUCAAGUAGCGUACACUUUGAAGUUGCUCAUUGGCGCCGCCCCUGUGGCCUUCAUUGUAACCGGCUUGUUGAUAUUGCUGCUCUACCCCAUCAGCGAGGACGUCCGGCUCAGGAACAAACUGUGUCUAGAGGAGCUACGGAAACAAGGCACCGUCACCUCCAGAACAUUGGAGGAUCUGAGUAACGGGUGACCUGGAGUGGAACAGACAGGAGAGCUUCCGUGUGUGACGAAUUCCAGUUCCACCACUGGAAUAUGACUUCCAUUAGUGUAUAUUACACUGAGAAAUAUGAGUUGUUUUCAUGUAAACAUUUAAGUUUGUUUCUGUGUUUUCACAUGAACAUGUAAUGUAUAGCCAUCUUGAAUAUACCAACAAGAUUACCUUAUUUAUAUAAAUGAAUGUAUAUCACUAUUUGCUGUGCUUAGCCGGACAAUGCUGCUAGGCAGCUAUUUAUUAUGGAUGGUAUCAGAGUAUGCUAGUUUGGCAACAAUAGACGGGCUUAAUAAGUGCUGUUGACAUUGGUUGAUAGAACCAUAAACAUGGGGGUUACUGCUAAUUGCUAAAGGUUCUAUUUUAGGUGAUGUUGAGUUUUAGGUCAACAGACUGAAAAAGAAGGGCCCAGUUUCCCAUGUAUAAACCAUGUAGUUCUUAUUGAAAAGGUAGGUAUGAUUUUUUUGUCCAGUGCUUCCCCCUGGUGGUACUAUAACAUCAGUUAUAACUGGCUAAACCACAAGCAUAAUAUAAUCAGUCAUAAUAAGCGAGGAAACUAUCCAUUUUAAACAUUUGAGGGUUUUAAUAAUAUACAUUCAUUUAAAACACAAACAAAAAUCUUUCUGAGAUGUGGUGGCAGCUACCCCGAACUAGGCCAGCCAAAACACUGCACUAUAGCACUUCAUUUAGAAAAAAGAAAAUAACUUCAUUUUGAACCAGAUGGCCAUACAGCACAAUCUCCCAACUAUGCCCUAUAUGUAAACAUUUAAUUUAAAACAUGCUUCUUUCAAAAGUGCAAAAACAUUCCUAAAACCAAAAUUCCACUCGUUAUUUUCCAAUAAAAACUUGAUGACAGGGUU